GUCACUUUGUAAAUAAAACAAACAUUAUCAUUCAAGCCAUUUUUCCAUUCAAGCUGAUAAAUCUCUCAAAAUUCUCCAUUUGAGACAUUUGUAUCUUAGUCUGCAGUGCUCUCAUGCCGCAUAGUGAUAUUUUUUCUCAUCUGAGAACAUUGCCUUUCCAUAUCCAAGGGCUCAGUGCCAGUCACAUAUGUCUGAAUGGCCCCCCAGCACCUGUUACUGUGAUGCUCCAUGCAGGUUAUUAUUUCAUUCUGGAUGGAACAACCUUGAGCCUGAAAUGCUCCUUUUCAAUGGCCUAUGCUCACCACAAUGAUGUGCACAACUAUUUGAUACUGAAACAGUUCAAAAUGUAUCUCUGGAUUGUAUUAAUUAGUGAUAUCUCCAUUCCCAACUGUUACAUUCCCUAUGAAAAGAGUAAUUUAAGGAAAUCCAUCAGGAAGUGACACAUGACCUCAUUGACAAGCCACUUAUUGAUCAGCCAGCCAAAACUGCAGCUGCUAGUGGAAAUACACUAGAGUGACCAAUCAGAGUUGAGCGUAUGUAACAGGAAGAUGCCCUGAGGUGCACUCACGCCAACAUCAGUGACAUCAGACCAUCUUGCAAUGACAUUUCUGCCAAUAAGUCCCAUAUCAAGUCAAGUUCACUUCCUAUCCAUGCAUCCACAACAUAUUUACUCAAGCCCAGAGUGCUUGCGGGUUUCACUGAAAAGAUUUUCUUGGCAAGGUGGAGAUGAUCUUCUUCUGGCUCCUGUUUCUAAAGCUCACGGGAGCUACGACUGAGCCUGAAGAGGUGGAUAGACUGGAAGAGAUUGCAGGUUGCUCUCAUCCUGAGAAUCCAGAGCAUACAGAGCUGAAGUCCCUGUCUGAGCCUGUAACCAUGGAGACAAGUGAAAACUCCGGCACAGCAAACAUAAUUGACUGUGAAAUGGAAGUCCUGGAGACUGAGUUACCUGAUAGCAAGGACACAGGAAACAAAGAUGAACAAGUCUGUUAUGAUGCUGAUGCUUUAGAGUUCAUUAGUACAAAAGUUGUGGCUGAUAUUUUAGCAGGCUUACCUCCUACGGAGACCAAGGCUGAUGAUCUGGAAGAUGUUUGCAGUCCAAAAGAGGCACUUGUCUUGGAGGAUACUCAAGAAGAACUUUACCGCAAUGAGUCAAUUACUUCUUCAAUAUCCGACACUCCUUCAAGUGCUGAGAGCAUAUAUGAGAAUGAAGCCAUGCAUAAGAGGCAAGAUUCACUAAGACAGGAACCAUUGGAGAACAUUGCACCCCAACCAGAUAAUGUUGACGAUGGAGAUAUGUUAGACCCAUUGGGUAUAAACUCACAAGAAGCCAUCUUAGAAAGUUUUGGAUGUGAGGAUCCAGAAGAAACCAUCCUUGAGCACUACAUCCGAGAGGAAGUUCUGUCAGAUGUCUCCACAGAGUCUUGCCGUGACCCAGACGAACUAGAAGAGUGUCUUCGGGUCGAAAUAGCUGCGGCGUCAUCGGACAGUGAAAACGAUGAGAAAUGGAGGAGCAUAUUCUCUUCCUCCAUAAAUAAGGAAGAUGAUGAUUCCUACAUUGACAGCCUUGAGCUGAGUGCACAAGAACUCUUUAUUCAAAAACCUGCAGUAUGGAAUACUGAGGACGUUUCAAAGGAAACUGAAGAGCUGGAGGUUCCGCUGGGAGAAGAAGUGCUAGAACAACCGGAGAAUGAGCCAGUUCAGCAACCGCAAGAGAUAUCUUACAGUCCUUCCACACUGUUUCACGGCUUGUCCAAGAUUUCCGAAGACGAUGAGGAGCUUGGACGAGGCUCAGCAACCCACAAGAGCAAUUCAUUUGAUUCUGUCAAAUCCGAUUCCAGCAAAAAGGUGCCGAAAGAUUAUUGUGUGAUUCAGGAAAUGAAAAGCGAGAACGUCAGUACAGAACAUGUGGAUUUCAAAGUUGCUCGCCAACAGUGGCUAGAGAUCGAAGAGCAAACGAAAAACUUGACACACCAUCCAAGCACACGAACAACUCGAUCUGGCACCUGCCAAGGUAGUCACAGCUUCAUGUAUACUCCAGUCCGCAACAUCGAAAGGCCCAAGAGGGACCUUGAGAGCUUGACGCUUGUAGAGGAUUACGCGCACACCCAGUUCAGCCCUUGCUCUGAGGAUUCAGGUCUGGACGGCUCUAGUUACAGAUCACCGUUUGAUGACCCAGAGACCCCAAUUGAGAAGGAGAUUCGCCUAACCAUGGAGCGUGAGGAGAACCUGAGGCGUGAGAGGGGAAUGUCAAAAUCAUACUCCAGUGACUGUGUACAGAUGAGGCCAAGAACUGCCAACUUUAACACUGGAAACCUAUGCCAAGAAGUUGAUGAGAAAAGGAAGAUGUUUGAAGACCAGGAUGAUGAGGAAAGUUUAUCCAAGUCUCUCAAGACGCCUUCUUUCAUCAUCACCUCCUCACCAACCAAGAGCGCACAGAAACAAGACUUGAGCGCCAACAAUGUUAUUAUUCUUGAGCCAGAGCCUUUCCCUCCAAGUCCACGGCAUGGAAAGAUGGUGUCCUCCAAAUCUGCUGACUGGAGACCUGAAGACAGCCCUAAUGUCAUCAUUUUGGAGACAUCAAACCUCAUCAUUCGAAGUGCAUCUGAGUUAAACUUGAAUUCUGUCUCUGAGGAAACCCAGGAGAAGAUGUUCCUCAACAACCCGUUUUUCAAGCUGCGGUCCAGGAGUUCGAUAUCUCUAGUUGAUGAGGAGAUUAAGAUGGUGAAGCAGCGAGAAGAGGAACUCAAGCAUCAAAGGGCCAGUAUUUACUCGAAGGAUCACUUCUUGAUGUCUCCAAACCAUUUGGACAGCUCAUCGUUUUCAGAUGAUGUGCCAAUUAAAUGUAAAUCAUCCCCUUCAUCUCCAAUGAGAACAUGCAGAAUGGAUCGUUCAGCUUUGUCAUGUGAUCAUCGAUUUCCUGAACCCUAUACUGGAGGCCGACGUAAAAGUUCCAUGGUGCUGCGCUGGGAGGCAGGGGAGUUUGCGAACAAUGAAUAAAAUUGGACACUGAUCACUUUGCAGCUGUUUUACGUGAGAAUUUUCAAUGCUCACACUCGUCUGUUUAUUGUGACAGCAUAUACACUUGCUACUGCUGCUUGUGUGACUUUGUUAUUGAUCCAGAAAAAAAAAAUCUGCAUAUGCCGAGAUGCCUAAAUGUUAUUUGAAUGUACCGUUUCAUGCAUAUUUGUGAUUCCUCUUUGACGAGGUAUCUGGAGACUUAUAAACCAUAUUUUUAGUUUUGUCUACGAAGUUGAGGAGAAUAUGUACUGUAUAUUCAUAUUGUAUUUUCUUGUAAGGCAAUGUUUGUAUAUCCCUAAAUUAUAUGAAAAUAUGAAGCAGUAUUACAGGGUUUUAGGAUAAAAUUUAAGUGAAAAUGUAUACAAAAUCUAUGUAUUUUGUUAAAUAUCACUGAAAACAGAUCAAUUAGUAUCUUUUGACAAAGGACUAUUCCUUUUUUAAAGAAUUGAUCUGAAUUUGAUUGCCAUGAUUGCUCUAAUAAUAUAGGACUACAUUUCCAGAUUACAUUUCAGUACUUCAGUUAUACUUAGUAUGAAAAGCUUAAAUCUAGUAUUUAGUAAUGAUAUUAAUCUUAGAAAAUAAUCUAUUAUUUAAAAAUGACCUGUUGCUUUGUUGUCCAGAUUGUGUAUAUUUAUGUCAAACCGCCAUGCUUAUAAAACAGUGUUGCUUGCUAAAAUUUGAAUCCAUGUCAGUCUCAAGAAAAUACUUGCUUUGCAUACCGUUUGAACAACCGUGUUCAAAAUACAAUUAAGAAAUAAAUGUCAAUUAAAGGCAGUUGUCGAUUUAUACUAAAACAGUUGAUUAUGUUGACGAGGAACCGCACCAUAUCGUCUUUGUAUUAAAAAACUUC